GGCACUAGGGUUCCCAUUCCUCUUUUAAAGGACUACUUCUUUAUCAUCUAGGAAACUCGCAGGAGACAACCCCCCCCCCUGUUGUGCUGUCCCUGAGUGAGAUGGAGAUACAAACCGACAUUUUGUAAUGCUUACCAAGGAUCAUUGAUAAAAAAAACAUUACAGACCACAGGGUUAAUCCGCCAAUAAUGACUCCACAUAGGGAUGUAAGGUCAUGUUUGUGUUUUAUGAAGACAAAUAUUUCUAGAAACGGACAAUAUUUUUGCCGACAUGGAAGGUUACUAGACUUGGUGUGUUCAUGGUCAAUAGGCAUUGGAAAGGAAGUGUUUCCUCGACGCUUGUCUCAUUUUUUUGAUCGCACCUUUGAGGGGCAGUGCUGGUAAACCGAAGCUGGAGCACGGACAUUGAAGAAAACCAGAAGAGAGGCAGUUGAUGCUUCCAGAAGACCACUCGGUUGUAGAUCUAUGACUAGUCUUCGGUACGUUCCAAUCUAAUGCAGAUGUGAUCAUAGGUUGCAUUUUCACACAGUAUCAAUCUUAGAAGAGCCUAGUCUUCAGAACUGGGAACAUGGAGAGCUCUGAUGACAUGUUUCCAGCCUAUGUUGACGAUCAAUAUUCAUACCACUAUCAUCACAAUGGCAGUCUCGACUAUUUCUCUUACUAUUCAUAUUCUCAAUAUUUCUAUCAAUUCGAUUUCGGUCUCGAUCACCAGGAUCGUCAAGUGAUAUACAUCGUAGGCUUUUUCUUCAUUCUUCUUCUUGUCAUCUUUGGGUUGCUCAGUAAUACGUUCCUGCUUUAUGGCAUCGUCAGGUUCCCGCGCAUUCGCCAAGAUGUCCAACACAUCUUCAUCACUAACAUGACCAUCGUAUGUAUCAUGUAUUUGGUCCUUGUUGGAAUUCCAGCAUUGUUUAUCACGGGUUUGGAGGCAUUCGCCCAUUUAGUGGCAUUCCAUGUUAAAUCCGAAAAUAGUAUGAUAUACAUACAGAUCUUCUAUCAAAUUAUUCAUACGGCGGUACUCUUUCACCUCGCCUCAAUGAUCACUGCUCAAGCCUUUGACCAGUAUCUCUUCGUGGUUUAUCCCGUCGUUGCUCGUAAAUGGAGGACACCUCAGAAUGCUGUCAUCGCGUGCAUCACCUUGUGGAUAGUUGGUAUGAUGGUAGCACUCUUGGAUGGUUUGACAUUCAUCAAUAUAUUUAAGGGUGUAUCGGAUACCGUGAUGCUCAUUAAGGACUCACUCAUCUUCAUCUUAUUCUGUCUGGUUCCAAUCAUCUUGACCAUUGUUUUCAACAUGAAAGUAUGGCACGCCAUGCACAGUGCUCGUACUGCCACAGUGAAAGACAACCACCAGGCUAACAACGCACGACGCUUCACGCAACUUGAAGAAGAGAACGGCGGUGUCCCUGGGACCCUCGUCCGAGCACAAGAUUUGCCCAACAACCUUGCUAUCUUCUGGUCCUUUGUCGUUUUCUGGACUCUAUACCACAUCGUACAUCUAAUCAUUUCGUUCACAUGGGCCCUAAAACGGUUUGAUCACUGGAUAUACUUCAAUAAUAAGGACGAGGUCAUGAUCAUCGUCGGCGACAUCGCAGUGCAUUUCAACGUCGCUCUUAAUCCUCUCUUUUACGUUGUCUGCAACCCGAAGUUCCGUCAACAUCUGUAUCGUGUUGCCUAUGCAUUGACCAAAGGCAAUUCGCCCUACUCGGGUCACAUCGACGAAACCACUAUAGGUACAGAUGAAUAAAAAAAUAAAAGACUUGAGUAGGACUAUGAAAAAAAAUGUUAAGGAUUGUUUGACUGUUAAAUCGGUGAAGAAAAAAAUGCAUGAUGGCCGAUGUGGAAGACAUUUCGGGGAGAUAAGACCAUCACUUUGGACAGGUGACAGGUCCAUGCACGUCAUUGUUAAAAACGUAAUGAUUUAUUUUUUGUCUUACGUCAGAUUGUUCAACCAACCAAUAAUCAAAUGUGACACUAUGAUUGAUAUAUCAUAAUCCUUCGAGGGGCACUGAUUAAAAAUAUUGGUUAACAUUUUCAUUUUUUAAUUGAACCCUCAUUAUAAAGCCUAUCAGAAAAUGAUAUAAGCAUGCGGGUUGCAUAGUGUGAACAAAAUACUUAAUGAAAGUCUCACAUAAUCUACAUGGGGAAAUAUUUCAUAUUUUGGUCCAGAAAAGGCCUUUCCAAUAUUCCUUGUUAGAUACGUAGAAAAUCAGAAAAUGUA